AUGCGGCGCCAGAUGGCAGGACCCGGGACCAACAAGCACAAGGAUGGUCCCAACAUUGACGCGGGCAAGUACGCUCCCGCCGCAAACACCGCCGGCUUUCGCCGCACUACCAUUGCUGCUGGCCCGACCUCGCAGGAGGCCAAGGUGACUGUUUCUGGCAAUGAUGCUGGAAAGCUUGCUGCUGCUGGCGGCUCUGGCGACGGCUACCGCCGCACCACUAUUGCCGCUGGCCCAACCUCGCAGGAGGCCAAGGUGACUGUUUCUGGCAACGAUGCCGGAAAGCUUGCUGCUGCUGGCGGCUCUGGCGACGGCUACCGCCGCACCACCAUCGCCGCCGGCCCGACCUCGCAGGAGGCCAAGGUCACCAUCUCGGGCAACGAUGCCGGCAAGCUCGCAGCUGCCGGAGAUGCUGGCGACGGCUACCGCCGCACCACCAUCGCCGCCGGCCCGACCUCGCAGGAGGCCAAGGUCACCAUCUCGGGCAACGAUGCCGGCAAGCUCGCAGCUGCCGGAGAUGCUGGCGACGGCUACCGCCGCACCACCAUCGCCGCCGGCCCGACCUCGCAGGAGGCCAAGGUCACCGUCUCGGGCAACGACCCAGGCCUCCAGGCUGCUGCAGGUGCGCCGCCGCCGUCGGGUGGGUACCGGUCGUCGACGACGACCACCGCCGCUGGCCCCACGGCAUCGGCCGACACCAAGGUUGCUGUCUCGGGCUCGGACCCCGGCCUGCGCGAGGGUGUUGGUGCCGCCGACGGUGGCUACCGCGCGUCGACGACCUCGACCGCUGCCGGCCCUGGUGCCGCCAACACCGAGGUCAAGGUUGGCCUCGACCCGGGCCUUCAGGCCCCUGCCGCCGACAACGCGUACUAA